AUGGUUCUCAGAGGGGGCAAAUUUGAAGGGGCCUUUGGUGUGAACCGUUGGUGUGAACCUUCGGUGGAGGGAGGGAGGGAGGGAGAAGGAUGGGGGAGAGUUGGUUUCGUUUCUUCUGCCCUCUUUGUUGAUCGGGGGGGCCGGCCCCGCACUGGAGUGGUCGGCGGGCUUGUGCUGCGGUGUGGGGGUGGCCGGUUUCCAAUGAUGUCAGAAGUGCGGUCGGAGCGCGGAGCCCUGUGGUCGGACGCCGAGACCCUGGCGCUGAUCGCCGUCUGGAGCGAGGAGAAUGUGCAGACGGCGCUGGACGAGCAGCUCAGGAACAGCCACGUUUUUAAGUUCAUCUCGUCGCAGUUGCUGGACCAGGGUUACAUCCGCACCCCGGAGCAGUGCCGCAUCCGCAUCAAGGGGCUGAAGAGGAAAUACACGCUGGCCAAGGACAGCAUCAGGCGGGGCUGCAGCGCCAGCGGCAGGAAGAUCUGCCGCUUCUACGAACAACUUGAUGCCGUGCUCGGCUCCCGGGUUGCCAAUGAACGACCCGUCGUCAUGGACGCGAUCGCGACACCUGGCGAGUCGCAGGAUAUUAAAGAGGAGCAAAAUAGUCCUCAUUCCGAUAUAAGUCAGAGAGUUGAAUGCCGCAAUGGCCAUUGUUCCUCGGAGGAGCCCGAUCACUCGAUGGCUGAGACCAGCAACCGGCAAUUUGAGCCUCAACCCUCUACCAGUGCUUUCUGUACUCCCCGUGUCCGGCGUAUGCAUUCAUCUCUACCAUUUACACCUCAGCCGAAGAAAGCCAAGAAGCACUCACUGGAGGACAUAAUGGAUGGGAUGAUGGAGAAGUUCAUUCGCUACAGUGAAGCUGCAGAUGAAAAAUUUCUCCGUUACAUGGAGGCAUCAGAGGAACGGUUUGCUCGUCUUGAGCAGCUCCGUAUGGAAAUGGAGGAGAGGAUGAGGCAAAGUGAUAGAGAACAUGAAGCUCGUGUUCUAUUCAUGCUAGGACAGAUGAUGGGCCAUAAUAUGGCUGACUUUCCUUCCACAUCUACAGCUACUGAAGGUGAAAUCACUGAAAGGAAAGUAUUUUAGUAUUUUAGGCCACUGUUCAACAUUCCUUAAAAUGAAGUUGUGUCUUUGUAGCACAUUUUUAUUUUGUAUACAAUAUGUUUUCCAAUGUGACUGAAUACAGGUUCUCAACCAAAAUAUUUUUUAAAUUGUUCAGAAGUUUGCAUGUUGAAUGGUAAAUAAGUUCGUUUGGAAAAGUUAUUGACAGCAAUAGCUCAACUUUAAAUCAUUCUUUUCAGGGGUGUAUAUUUAGUGCAAAAAUUGAAUUCACUUUUCAACCAUGAAGUCGGGAGGAAAUAAUUGUAGCAGGCAGAGUUUCAUUUUCAAGCUUUGCAUAGGACUUUAAUAGGUACACUAUGUAAGUAUUUUAACUAUUCUAGGUGGACAAUACAGUGGACAUCCAAAUGAUCCAAUGUGAUCUUUCCAACCAUCAUGCAGAAAAAUCUUUUGCAUCAUCCACUGUCCUGUCCUGUCUUCAUUUGUUCCCUUUUAUUCCAAAGCACUAAUAGAAAUGGUUUGCUGUAGCAUUACAGGUCUUUCAUUCUGUUGGUUUCUGAGUAAUGAUUAUUUUAGCAUAUAUGCACUUAGCAAUGCUUCAAUAAAUGGAAAUCUUAGAUUAAGGGCAGUGCUCCAUAUUGAGAGACAUAUGGUUCCUUGGCAGAACUUAGUCCUGUGAGUGAUUGAGUGAAUGUUUUUUCAUGUGUAUUCAAAUAUUGACUGAUUUGACAUUCCAGUUAGGCUUGUGUGGCCUUAAGGAGAUCUUUCCCCUUUUCUGUGCCGAGGAGCAUGUGCUCCAACCAUAAUGUUCAGUAUCAUUAUCUUAAUGGUGAAGCCAAUCUUCUGUUACCAACAGGGCAAUAGAUACUAGUUUCUAUUUUUAAAACAAAAAUUGUGAUUUAAAAUUUUUAAGCAUUGAAGUCAGAACUUUGUUUGAUUUUAUUUUAGGUGAUGUAGAAAAUUGAGUAUUACUUCUGAUGUGGUAGUAGUUGCAAAUGAUGUGUAUUUGAUUUGUGAUGCAUGUAUUUCUACAUUGACCAUUAUGAAAUUAAAUGGGGCUAAUGUUGCUAUAAGCAAGGAGUUAAUAACUCCCAGGGAAUUUUGGGUAACAGAUUUGAACCAUUUACCCAAAUAAAAGUACAUACAAUGGAUGGAAUGCACAUUAGACACACAUGCAUUUCCUAACGAGAGAGUUGUUCCUCAGUUUUGUUUUGAGUUUUGCAGCUAAGCUGUUCUGUCCAAAUUGAGUCGUUCAUAAUUGGAAUCCCAUGAGGCUUUAAAUGCGAUUGGCAAAUGGUGACUUUGCAUAUAGGCGUCAUUGUAAAAUGGCUCAGUUAAUCUUGGGUUGUCAACAAAGGUGUUUUAGUUAAUUAUCUUUUUAACUCGCUAUGAAUGUAACUAGAUUAAGGUGCUGAGUAUGAUUAAACUGAAAAGUGGUAAGUUAACUGGUUAUUGGGUGAAAUGACAGUGUUUCUGCUUGUGUACCGAUCCUGAGUUGUCAUUGUGUGCUUUGUCUUGGCGGACACAAAUAUUAAAAACGUUUAAUACUGGUAGGUACUAAAAAAGCACAUGUUAAUAGAGGUUCAGUUUCAAGUUGUGUGACAUCACCAUUUAGUUACUGUAAUUUCAUGAAAUUUGGUAUUUUUAGUUGGUGUCUUUUGUUUAAACCCAGAAGUACUGCUAAAUCACAGAUGAUGUAAACUGAAGAAAGAUCUGUUCAAUAUCUUUAACCAUAGAAAUGGAGGAUUAACUGUUUGCCAUUGAGGAAUUUCUAUUUUUAGUGGAAACUUGCAGCUACUGUUGUGUCCACUUAAGAUAAAGAUUAAUGGAAGAGAUCUGGAGUAUGAAUUCUCACUGAUAGCCGGUUGUAAUUUGGGGAGAAAAAUGUCUUUUUGAAUAGGAGGGGUACACAAUGCGUUUGUGUUUUAAACAACUGAAUUGGAUGAUUUAUCCAUAGAUUGUAAAUAGAUCUCUUUCCAAUGGGAAAAGGAUCAAUUCUCUUUCACCUUGAAGUAUUUUUAUAAUUUUAUAUUGUAGAAUUGAUUGUUACUUAAGUAAAAUAAAAUAUUAAUAUUAAAAUUCUGUUUCACAGUGUGACCUCUGUUAAUAUUCAGAAUGUAGAGAUCAUGCAAAGGGUCAAAGGCCCACUUAGGGAUAAAUAAUGGAAGAAAACAUUUCUUUUGACAGUAUGAGAUUUUACAGUAGAGACAAAGAAUGCUUUGUAAAAUAUUUUUGUUACAGAUAUUCACAGAAUGAAGAAAUACAAAGACUCUAAUUGAAAAUGUUAAGAUCUUCUGUUAUUUAUUACUUGUAAAAUGUUUCCUUGUUUAUGAUUUGAGUUCCUCUACUUCUAUCUUUCUUGGGUCUAAUUUAUUCUGACUUUUUUAGUUUCACUCUGGAGCACAGAAAAUAUUUUGACUGAGAAGUGGCCUGAUUCCAGUUUCCUGUAAUUACAAGAUUGAAAGAUUUGCAGAAAGUUGGCACAAGUUGACAGAACAUGCUUGUUUACCUGGCUGAGAGGGUUAGUCUGUCAGUCGUUUCUAAAAGGUGGCACCUAUAUGUUCUAAUGAUGUGUCCAACAGAAGUGUCCCACCAAACUGCACUUGUUCCAUCUUCUUUUAUUUACAUUUGCUUUAUUUUUGUUUCCUAGUUUUCCUCUGCUUUAAUUGUUUGGUUUUUGUUCAGUUUGCUUCAUUACAAUUGUCCAACAUCAAUAUAUUUGUUCAAGAAAUCUUAAAUUUAAGCAUGUUACCAAUACAUCCAAAUUUACAAAUUCAUGAAUUGAAGCAAUCCUUAUUGUCCCUUUAUGUACUACCUCAAUGUACUUGUGUAUGGAAUGAUCUGGAUGGCGUGCAAACAAUAGCUUUUCACUGUA